AUGUCCUAAUCAUCUAGAAAUAAGAAAACUCGAGAUAUCGCAAGCCGACUUCAUGAAUUCCAUCUGGCCCCAUAGAUCUCCUGGCUCAGAAAAAUACGUCACCUCAUUGAUAGAAACAUGCGGUGGCUAUGGUUUGUUUAUCAAAUCCACCAAUGAACUUGUUUCUUGGAUUUUAAAAAAGAAGUUGGGAGAAAUAGGAUUACUCCAGACGGUGGAUCAUCACAAGAGAAAAGGAUUUGGAUCCAUCAUUCUCAAGAAGAUGAGUAAAGAAGUAGCUGAAGAUGGCGAAAAUCCCACUGGAAUUGUGUCUGUUUCGAAUGAAGCCUCAAUUAAGUUGUUGGAGAAAGAACAUUUUGAGAAUCUAGGCUGGUGUUAUUAUAUUAAGGUUAAUGGUAAAAAGUAA